AUGGUGAAAGAUUGCAUGGAGCGUGCCAAAAGAUGUCACGCGUGUCAAUUUCAUGCCAACUACAUCCACCAACCUCCAGAGCCUCUUCGUCCAACUGUAGCUUCAUGGACUUUUGAUGCAUGGGGACUUGACGUUAUUGCACAGCUUCCAAAGUCAUCAAAGGGACAGACAUACAUAUUAGCCGUUACGGACUACUUCUCUAGAUGGGCUGAAGUUGUUCUUCUUAAGUAUGGAAUACCAAGAUACACAAUCACUGAUAAUGGAACGCCAUUUGACAACAAGCUCGUGAAGAGUCUGUGCGAGAACUUUGGUUUCAAGCAACAUAAGUCUUCAAUGUAUAAUGCAACUGCCAGUGGCCUUGUUGAAGCUUUUAACAAGACGCUUGGUAACCUUUUGAAGAAAGUUGUUGUAAAGAACAAGAGAGACCGGCAUGAGAAAAUUGGUGAAGCUUUGUGGGCAUACUGA